AGUGUGCUUCAUGUGCGUAGCCUUUCGUGUAAGUCGUGAGAAUAUGUCGCUGUAACAGCCACCACAGUAAAAAAACACGCCUCUUUUUUUUGUACCCAACCUUUUUGAUUUUUAGUGUUUCUGCGCCUCUUCCACACAUAUUUUUGUAGCACACAAAAAUCCGUCCCAACCAUCUGCAGGACUUCAGGACUCGCUCUGCACCCUGAGACCGCCGCGCGCUGGAAUGUGGGCAUCCAAGACAUGUCUAGGCUCACCACCACCACCAGGCAACGGUUUACCCGCCGGGCCACGGGGAUUAAGCUUCGAACAAAGCUCUGGAAUGGCCAGGCUUUGUCAUCGCAAAGUGGUGUCUUGCGCAAAGAUCCGCCAUUGGCUCGUUGAGGGAGGAGACAUUCCCCGCGGCGCACAAUGAGAGCACACAAUGUAGUAGAUCCGCCGAUCUAGCAUACCGAUGCCCGGCGUGCACAUUGUUCGCUAUGGAUGCCCGGCGGCGGGAUCCUCGCUUCCAACAAGUAUAUUAGGUGCCGCUUCAUCCCGUUCUCCUCGACUUUCUUUCCCUUCUCUUCAUCCACUACCAAGCAAUAGCCUGCAGAACAAAAAGAGCCUUCUUCUUCUCCUCCACCAGAUCAGAUCUCUUUUGACUCUUCGAAACUUCUUUUCUUCUAUUCGAAACUUCUUCUCUCUCAGGCCUAUUCUCCCAACUCAACCUUCUUCUACUUCACUUCUCUUUCAACUACCAACCGCAAUCAUGCUCUUCACCUCCGUCGUCGCUGCUCUCGUCGCCACCGCCGCUGCUUCUUCCGAGAAGCGCCAGUCUGGCUUCUUCGACACCACCAUCACCGGCGAGGACCAGGGCGUCCAGGCCAACGACCACACCCACGACAUUGUCAACUCUGCUCUCGAGAACGGCCCCUUCAACAAGCGCCAGUCCUCCUUCCUCGAUGCCUCUGCCAACGGCGAGCACCAGACUGUCGACACCAAGGACCACACCUGGGAGGUUGUCAACUCUGCCCUUGAGAACGGACCCUUCAACAAGCGCCAAUCCUCCUUCCUCGACGCCAAGGCCAACGGCGACUCCCAGACCGUCGACACCAAGGACCACACCUGGGAGGUCGUCGAGUCCGCUCUCAAGAACGGCCCCUUCAACAAGCGCCAGUCGCCCUUCUACGACGCCUCUACCAACGGUGAGACCCAGCAGGCUUCCGUGACCGACCACACCCACGAGGUCAUUGAGCAGAUCCUCGCCAACGGCCCCUUCAACAAGCGCCAGUCGCCCUUCUACGACGCCUCUACCAACGGCGAGACCCAGCAGGCUUCCGUGACCGACCACACCCACGAGGUCAUUGAGCAGAUCCUCGCCAACGGCCCCUUCAACAAGCGCCAGGACUCUAACCUCUACGACCUCGACGCCACUGUCUCCUCUGGCACCCACGACGACAAGACCCACGACGAUGACAACAUGCUCGACAACUUCCUCCCCAUCCGCGCUGCUCCUGAGGAGGCCACCCCCGCUGCUGCCGAUGCCACCGAGUACACCACCAUGCUCGUCACCGUCACCCACUGCCCUUCCUACGUCACUGACUGCCCCGAGACCAAGACCAAGACUCACACCAUCACUGUCCCUUGCUCCGAGGCUGCCCGCGAGACCAACCACGUCGUGACCCUCAACAGCACCGCCCCUACUUACGUCGCCACUGCUACUCCUAUUGAGACUGGCACUGGUGCUAUCGUCCCCGAGCCCUCUUCCACUGCUCCCUUUGUCGUCUCUGCUGCCGUUUCCAACACUGGCUUCAACGCCGCUGCUGUCAUUGCCGGUUUCGCUGCCGCCCUCGUCUUUGUUCUCUAAGCGAUAGAGCCAACUGAACAAAAAUAUUUCCUUUUCCUUGACUUUGGCCGGCGUUUACCUUUUUUGGCAGUAAUGAUUUCACGGACUGAUUUUUCAUGAUAACGACUCGACAACAAAUAUGGCGUUUUGGAGCUCCGGUUGGGCUUGUGACUUACAAAUUUCCCAUUUCCUAUUUAAAACAUCUUCUAGAUAGAAACCAAAUAAUAAUAUCUUUGUUAACAAACAAUAAC